AUGGCUGACCACUGGCAGCUUUCUCGAGACUUUCAAGCUUUCAGAACAGACCGCCUCGAACGUCUGUUGGCCCCCCUCUUGCCCAACUAUCAUCAUGGCACCAAGCACGGCAAGGCAGGUACCCCAGCUCCUCUCCAUCUCCCAGCCUCCCGUACCAUGGUCAGCAUGGAUAAUAAAAUCCAGCCGAGGCGAAUCAAGCCCGACUCUAGCUGGCUCAAUCGCCAGGAUAUCUAUGGAGACACCAUUCUAAUGAUGGCUGUGCAGGCCCGCUGUGAUGCAGCUGUUCAGUUGUUGGUACGCGCACAUGCCGAUCCGAGCAUCGUCAACAAUCAGAAUCGCAAUGUGCUACAUCUUGCGGCCCUGCAAGCGGGCUUAUCGGCAAGCAUUGCAACCUCUCUGACAAAGCAUGCGGAAGCUUUUCUUGACCACAAAGAUGCGAAUGGGGACACUCCGUUGAUGCUGGCCAUUCGCACCGCCUCUACCUCCAUGGUGAAUGCACUAUUGGAGCGCAAAGCAGAUAUCAAUGCACAGAACGACCGUCUCGAAACUGCAACCAUGCUGGCUGCACGUCCCCUCACUGCCAAAUCGCGGGUGCUUCCGGCAUUUAGAGCAAAUGCCCACGAGUAUCUCAAGCUGCUUGUUGGCAAACGGGCCAACCAGAUCAAUGCUGCGGACUGA